UAAAGGGUAGGGGGGCGGUGGGAUACAGUGACAGAAGCAUUCAGUUGCCACUGUGCUCAGCGGGGUGAGACAAGAGGAGGCCUUUCAUUUUACUCCAGCUAUGUUGAAGCUACGUGGAAUGACGGUGAGGUGUCCCCUCGUGAGAGAGUGCAUGGCCGAAUUCUUGGGAACUUUCGUCUUAAUGCUCUUUGGCUGCGCUGCUGCUGCACAAGUAAAGACCAGCAAUGAGACUAAAGGCCAGUUUCUGUCUGGCAACAUGGCCUUCUCUGUGGGUGUUAUGUCAGCCAUGUAUCUCACCAAGGGCAUCUCAGGUGCCCAUCUGAACCCAGCGGUGACCCUGAGUUUCUGUGUUUUGGGGAAGGUGUCCUGGUCGAGGCUCGUGCCCUAUUCCCUCUCCCAGGUGGUGGGGGCUUUCGUGGCGUCGGGGGUUGUCUAUCUGGUCUACUACGAUGCUAUAAUGACUUUUAGUGGAGGAGUGUUGACUGUAUACGGCAGAAAUGAGACUGCCUCGAUAUUUGCCACAUACCCCUCUGACUACCUUUCUGUGGGCAGAAGUUUCUUUGACCAAGUAGUGGGCACCAGCAUGUUGCUGUUGUGUAUCCUGGGUUUGGAGGAAAAGAGGAACACCCCCGCUCCCUCUGAGCUGGUUCCUGUUGUAGUGGCAGGUGUCGUUCUGGGGAUCUCCAUUUCAAUGUCGGCUAACUGUGGUGCUGCCAUAAAUCCUGCUCGGGACCUGGGGCCUCGCCUCUUUACCCUAGCUGCAGGCUGGGGGACUGAGGUCUUCACGUGUUACAACUACUGGUUCUGGGUACCAGUGGUGGCUCCGCUUGUUGGAGGCGUUUUCGGUAGUUUGAUGUAUCUCAUCUUUAUCGACUGGCAGCUGCCUGACCCAGACCAACUUGAGAGGAUUUCCACCAUCAGUGAAAAACUUGCAAAAAAGCAGCCGGUCACCACAUUGGAAAAAGGAGAUGAGUUAAAGGCUAUGCAUUUUUAAACUUUAACACUGAAACUAAUGUGAACCUCUGAGCUUAUCCAGUGUUAAGUCUCAGAUGCUUUGUGAUCUGCUGUUAGGGGGGAAAAAAGAAAAAGGAAUAUCUUCUUUCAAAUGAUGUAGCUGUUUGCUCCCUAAACACAGCCAGCAGAGAUGUGUGUCAGUCAUAAGAUAAAGUUGUUUGUUUACAAUGAAAUGUGUGUUUAGUAUAAUAAUCACCGUGUGUCCUUUGUCACUUUGUAGCUGAGAAAACUGCUAGCAUGUUCACCUCUUUGUAAAUCAGAUAUAGAGGAGUAUGUAGAUUUAAACAGUGAAACUCAUCUUAGUCCAGUGGCUGGUCUAUCUUACUCCCCUCUGUUGUUUUAACACAGUCACAUUCUGGCAUUUUAGCCUGCAAAUGUUUCACAUUUAUACACAACAACCCAGAAAAUUCAUGCUUAGCUAUGACUUAAUAUUUGUGAAAAGGUUUUACUUUUCACAAUUAUUUUACUAUUAAUUUUUUAUUACCGUUCUUGUUUUAUUGUUUAACUCAGUGGUGUUAACAGACCUCAUGUCUUUUUUCCCCUUGAUGAUAAUUGCACAUUUUAUACAUCAGUCUGUCAAGAGAUGUAGUAUUUGAGGGACACUGCAGAUGAGUUUUUUCAGUGUUUUGGGAGUUUCUGUGAACUCAGAAAGGAUAGAUAUACACACAAAAUAUAAAGCUUUUAAAUAUAUAUACAUUAUUUCAUGUAGAUUGAAUAGAGACUAAUUUGUUCAAACUCCUGAGGGAUCUGGAGAUUAGAGGAAAAAGCAGGAGCAACCUUCGUGGUCUGUGGUAGACUGCUUCGCCAUUAUAGUGUGUGUGAAAGCCAGUAUCUAGAUUCUAAUCUAAAGAUAAGUGUGGAUUUUCCACUCUUGAUCCAGUGUUUCACUUUGUUCUGUUGUGUAUUAAUUAUGCCACCUCAGUGUUUUGUUUUGUUUUGUUUGUUUGUUUUUUUGCUUAUGGCAUUAAAAUCAACACCCAUUUCCAAAAAACGUUGGGAUUCUGUGCAAAAUGAAGAGUGCAGUGAUUUGUAAAUCUCGUAACGAGUGCCACCUGGCAGUUUGCUGUUCUCUGCUGUGUGAUUGGCA